CACCGAGAGGAGCAGGACAGGGAGGGAGCCCUGGGCUUAAGUUUUUCUCACAUCAUCCCUCCUCCUGCCAAGAACACACCUCCGUCCAACUGCAGUGAUUUUCCUCUCUUCUGCCUUUGACAGCCUGUGGGAUUUAAGGUGCUUAUUACUCACACCAGCAGGCGGCUUUCAACCUUCUCCUGGACUUUGCGGAGGAUAUGCCCUGUGCCCGCGCAUGUUUUUUUCUGUAACAACAUUUGGAUACUGCAGUGGGUUGUGGGUAGAAGGAAUGCUCAGCGCCGGACACAUCACUCCUGGACAGGCUCUCUCUGACGGAGGCCGAACCCUGAGGUGGAGGAGGCUGUAAACGGGCUCGGACAGAGCCUCCCCGCCAAGCCAGCCCGACCCAGCGCGCAGCCAUGGCUCCCCGGAAGAGAGGAGGCGGCGGCCGAGGUGGUCUCUCCUUCAUCUUCUGCUGUUUUAACAGCAGCGACCACCCGGAGAUCACCUACCGGCUGAGGGAGGACUUCGCUCUGCAGGCCAUGGAGCCGGCUCUGCCCAUGCCGGGCUCCGACGAGCUGGACGGCAUGUUCUCGGAGUUGGUGGAUGAGCUGGACCUCACAGAGAAGCACAGGGAAGCCAUGUUUGCGUUACCGGCAGAGAAGAAAUGGCAGAUCUACUGCAGCAAGAAGAAGGAACAAGAGGAGAACAAAAGUGCCACCAGCUGGCCUGAGUUCUACAUCGAUCAGCUCAACGCGAUGGCGGCUAGAAAGACACUUCUGGCUCUGGAGAAGGAAGAUGAAGAGGAGAGAAACAAAACCAUCGAGAGCUUGAAGACAGCGCUGAGGACUCAACCAAUGAGGUUCGUGACCCGCUUCAUCGACCUGGAUGGCCUCACGUGCAUCCUGAACUUCCUGAAGAGCAUGGACUACGAGACCACCGAGUCCCAGAUCCACACGUCCUUGAUCGGCUGCAUCAAGGCUCUGAUGAACAACUCGCAGGGUCGCGCCCACGUCCUCUCCCACACCGAGAGCAUCAACAUCAUCGCCCAGAGCCUCGCCACAGAAAACAUCAAGACCAAAGUGGCCGUUCUGGAGAUCAUGGGUGCUGUGUGUCUGGUGCCAGGGGGCCACAAGAAGAUCUUGGAGGCCAUGCUGCACUACCAGCGCUUCGCCUGUGAGAGGACUCGAUUUCAGACAUUAAUAAACGAUCUGGACCGGAGUACCGGACGAUACAGAGACGAGGUCAACCUGAAGACAGCCAUCAUGUCCUUCAUUAACGCGGUGCUAAGUCAAGGAGCCGGAGAGGCGAGUUUGGAGUUUCGAAUCCACCUGCGGUACGAGUUUCUCAUGCUGGGCAUCCAACCUGUGAUCGAUAAGCUGCGGUCACAUGAGAACUCCACGUUAGACAGACAUCUGGACUACUUUGAGAUGCUGAGAAACGAGGAUGAGCUGGCUUUGUCGAAACGUUUUGAGUCGGCACACAUCGACACCAAAAGUGCCACCCAGGUUUUUGAUCUCAUCCGCAAGAAGAUGAACCACACCGAUGCAUAUCCGCACUUUAUGUCCGUCCUGCAUCACUGUCUCCUCAUGCCACACAAGAGAAGUGGGAACACGGUGCAGUACUGGCUGCUGCUGGACCGGAUCGUCCAGCAGAUGGUCCUGCAGAACGACAAAGGUCACGACCCGGAUGUCACGCCACUGGAGAAUUUCAACGUGAAGAAUGUCGUGCGAAUGCUGGUCAAUGAGAACGAGGUGAAGCAGUGGAAGGAGCAGGCGGAGAAGAUGAGGAAAGAGCACCACGAGCUGCAGCAGAAGUUCGAGAAGAAAGAGCGAGAAUGUGAUGCAAAGACUCAGGAGAAGGAAGACAUGAUGCAGACGCUGAACAAGAUGAAAGAGAAGCUGGAGAAGGAGAGCUGUGAGCACAAGAACGUCAAACAGCAAGUGGCGGAACUCACCGCACGACUGCACGAGCUCAGCACCAGACAAGCCGCUGUCGUUCCUGGUGGACCACCGCUUGCCCCAGGGCCACCUGGAGGUCCGCUCCCCCCGCCUCCUCCCAUGCCUGGCUUCGGUGGAUUGUGUCCUCCUCCUCCGCCGCCCCCACCAGGAGGAAUGAUGCCCCCUCCACCGCCGCCUCCUCCUGGAGGGCCACCACCCCCUCUGGGACGCCCGAUUGCAGGAGGCGUCCCGCCUCCACCUGGCGCACCACUGGGCCCGUCCAUGAAGAAAAAGAACAUUCCUCAACCCUCAAACCCACUCAAGUCCUUCAACUGGUCCAAGUUAGCCGAGAAUAAACUGGAGGGGACGGUGUGGAUGGAGGUGGAUGACGCCAAGGUUUUUAAAAUCCUCGAUCUGGAGGACAUCGAGAAGACCUUCUCUGCCUAUCAGCGGCAGCAGGACUUCUUUAUGAUCAAUAACAGCAAACAGAAAGAGUUGGAGGACGACACUUUGGGCUCCAAAAAAGUCAAGGAACUGUCGGUCAUCGACGGCCGGCGGGCUCAGAACUGCAACAUCCUCCUCUCACGGUUGAAACUUUCCAAUGAGGAAAUCAAGAGAGCGAUUCUGACCAUGGACGAGCAGGAAGAUCUCCCCAAAGACAUGCUGGAGCAGUUGCUGAAGUUCGUCCCUGAAAAGAGCGACGUGGACCUCCUGGAAGAGCACAAACACGAGCUGGACCGAAUGGCCAAGCCCGACCGCUUCCUCUAUGAGAUGAGCAGAAUAAACCACUAUCAGCAGCGACUCCAGUCUUUGUACUUCAAGAAGAAGUUUGCAGAGCGGAUCGCAGAGAUCAAGCCCAAAGUGGAAGCUCUGGCAAAGGCCUCCAAAGACAUCCUACACAGCCGGAACCUGAAGCAGCUGCUGGAGGUGGUGCUGGCGUUUGGGAACUACAUGAACAAGGGUCAGAGGGGGAACGCGUUCGGCUUCAAGGUGUCGUCACUCAACAAGAUCGGCGACACCAAAUCCAGCAUCGACAAGAACAUCACUCUGCUGCACUACCUGAUCACCAUCCUGGAGAAGAAAUACCCCAAAGUCCUGCUGUUCCAGGGAGACCUGCAGAGCAUCCCGGAGGCAGCCAAAGUCAACAUGACGGAGCUGGAGAAGGAUAUCGGGAAUCUGCGCAGCGGACUGAAGAGCGUGGAGAGUGAGCUGGACUACCAGAAGAAGCGCCCGCAGGAACACGGCGACAAAUUUGUUUCGGUGGUCAGCCAGUUCAUCACGGUGGCCAGCUUCAGCUUCUCCGACGUGGAGGACUCGCUGACGGAGGCCAAGGAGCUGUUCCUGAGGGCAGUGAAGCACUUCGGCGAGGACGCCAGCAAGAUGCAGCCCGACGAGUUCUUUGGCAUCUUUGACCAGUUCCUGCAGUCAUUCGCCGAGGCCCAGCAAGAGAACGAGAACAUGCGGAGGCGCAAGGAAGAGGAGGAGCGCAGGGCCAAACUGGAAGCUCAGCUCAAAGAGCAGCGGGAGAAGGAGAGGAAGAACAGGAAGGCCAAGGCCAACGGGGAGGAUGACGGAGGGGAAUUCGACGACCUGGUGUCCGCCCUGCGGUCCGGCGAGGUCUUCGACAAAGACUUGUCCAAGAUGAAGCGCAACCGCAAGCGCAUCAACAGCCAGAACACGGACUCCAGCCGGGAGCGACCGGUCACAAAGCUCAACUUCUGAGAGGGUCGACGCUCCCACUCGCUGACCUCCGUGGGUCGAAGUGACUGGCACAUUCCUCAGCCGCCUCCUCCAUUCCCACCCAGCUCGCCGUGACUGAGCAGCAGCUUGGCAGCGCCACCACACUUCAUCUUAAGCCAAAUCAGACUCGCCACCGUCGUCUGAGAUGAAAACUCUCACUCGCGCCAGGUGAGAGCGACCCGCGCUGCUGCUGCUUGUGCAACUCCAAGCUCGAUGCUCGACGGAAACGAAGCGAUGGUUCCGUAAAGGCAAAAACACACGAGGGGCCAUUUUGUACGGAUUGUAAGCUGCUGUUUCACUGCAGUCAAAACCAGGUGGACUGACGAGGUUUUUACUGAACAGAGCAGCCGCUAAAGCAAAUGUUUGUUUUUCUAUUCGACCUGCAGCAUUUCUAUCUUUGAUCUUUGUUUUAUUCCGAGUUUUACCUGUUAAGAGCUGGCCUUAACUCCGUGGAUGUAUUUGUUGAGUCGGUACUCUCCAGGCCUGGGCCUACACUCGCUCAACACUUAAGAUUACAUGUAUCUAUAUAUAAAUAUAUAAGGUGCUCGUCUCACCUGCACAUUAAGUCCACAACACUAUGCUAGACGCCAUAAAACGUACCCAGUCAAUGCAAUAGAUAAAGACUCCCAUCCAAAGCGCGGGCCUGGUCCUGUUUGUACUGAGAAAAUGAGAUGAUUCCUCUGUGCUGGUUGGAUUUUCAGCCAACUUUAAUCCACAUGUGAGACUUCCUGUUUUUGUUUUGAAGGUCUCACAUGUGGGUGAGACUCGCAAGGCUUUAAAUCCGCCAAUAACGGACUCUUUUUUUAUAUAAUUUAAAUACUGACUUGCAUUCUACGAUGUCCAGAUGAUAAUAAAUGGGAUGGAAACGAACUUAAGUGUUUUAACUUUA